UUGCAGAUUUUGAUCCGUUGAUGAUAACGAAAUUCCAAUGGAUAAUUAUCAAUUUAGCAAUGAUAUCAUGUGUCUUUAUUUAUAUCAAUUUACGCUUAAGGCCUUUAUGUCUAACAAAUCUCAGUCAGCAACGAAAGGAUGAUGCAGAGGAUAGAAAGCAUGAAAAACUAUCAUAUACAUCAUCAAUAGUGAUUUAUAAUCGAAUCCCAAAAACUGGUUCAACAACGCUUACCAAUGCUGUAAUGUAUAAUUUAUGUUAUCGUAAUGGCUUCAGUGUGAUUCAUUUGAAUUUAACAAGAAAUCGUUAUCUGAUGAAUAUCGUCGAUCAACGGCGAUUUAUCGAUAAUAUCACGAAUUGGAAGGAGCGAAUGCCUGCUAUUUAUCAUGGUCAUGUUGCCUUCAUUAAUUUCAAUCGGUUUGGUCUUCCAAAUCCGGUGUAUAUAAAUUUAAUACGUGAACCUCUCGAACGGUUGAUAUCUUAUUAUUAUUUUCUUCGUUAUGGUGAUAAUUAUCGUACUGGGUUAAAAAGAAGUCGAGCAGGGAACAACGAGACAUUUGAUCAAUGUAUUGUGCGAAAAGGACGGGAUUGCGAUAUGAAGCAAAUGUGGCUGCAAAUUCCGUAUUUUUGUGGUACGCACCAUUUCUGCAGUGAAGUGGGAAAUAACCGUGCAUUAGAACAAGCUAAGACCAAUCUCAUAAACUAUUAUUUAUUGGUUGGUUUGAGUGAUAAAAUGCGAGAUUUUAUCGAAUUGUUGGAGUUAUUGUUGCCAACAUUCUUUCGUGGAGCAUUGAAGAAUUUCGACUCACUUGAUGAAAAACACGCAAAUUUGCGCCAUACAAACCGAAAAAUACCACCCAGUAAAGCAACAGUUGAAGCGAUUCGUAAGGAACGGGUAUAUAUUAUGGAGCGCGAAUUUUACGAUUUCGCUCAAAAACAGUUCAGUGAAAUGAGACGGAGAAUACUAGAUGGAACAGCAAAUGAAUUGCUUCCACCACAAUUUCAUUAUGAGAAAAUUAAACCGAUAUAAAGCGAUGGUGAUGAUUAGUUCAAUUAAAAGAUUACGAUAGUUUGUAGAUCGUAAUCUAUAGCGUUCAGCUUUGUCUCAAGUUCAACCAAAACCUAGAGAAAGCAAUGAUAUCGAAAUCGACGUGUUUCAAGUAUGGACACAUCUGUUGCUUUUACAAAUAGUGUUGUGAUUGAAGGUGUUAGAGUUGUGCAACAGAUUGUAAAUUAUGAAAUAUUCUUCAGUUAUGCAUGGUGUUAAAAAAGUGAGAAUAUUAUGUGAGAUCAGUUUAUAUGCAACGAUUACUCUCCAAUUUUGCAUAUCUCGGACAUGUUAUAGCAAAAACUGUAUGCUUUGCAAUGAUGAAAGCCUUUCUGCUAAAACUCCAUGAUACGAAUCAUUGAAAAAUCGACUCUAUCAUAUCAGAAAGUGCAUUCCCAACAGUGCCUACUUUUCUUCUAGUAUUGUUGACAGUUGCACCGCUAUUUCGAACUUCGAGGUCAAUCUUAAUGUUAUGUUACAUUUCAUUAGUACACGCACUUUCUUUAUAUGGUGUAUAUUAACAUUAUCCGAGCUGUCUUUUAAAUGAGAAUAAAAUUUCCA